CGCUCGUCGAAUCACAUGACCCGCGCCGCCGCUCCCCCUCCCGGAAUCGCGAAUCAAUUUCUGCUAGUAGGAUUUCUUCCCCCAAAGCCACCAACCAGCCUUUUCCACGGCACGCUGCUCGUGCUCGACUCCUGCUCCUCGCGAUCGGAGAGGGCGCGCCGGCUCACCGUCGCUUCGUCUUCGUACCCCCGCUGCUCUUUCCCCGUGAGCUUAAAGUUAUUGAGGAUGUCAGAACGUUCUGAGAGUGCAACUGAAAAGAUUAUGAGCAGCAUCAUUGACACCAUUGCUGACAAUCUUCCUAAGCAGAAGUCUGGGCAAUUUGGUCCAGGCUCGGUCUCUGACAAAGUGAAGAACAAGCUGUUUGGUCGUCAGAAGACCCUGCAUGGAGCUCUGGGUGGUGGAAAACCUGCUGAUUGCCUGUUAUGGAGGAACAAGAAGAUAUCAUCAAGCGUUCUGGCUGUUGCAACAGCUAUCUGGGUUUUCUUCGAGUGGCUUGAUUACCACUUCCUGACAAUCGUUUCAUUUGCCCUUGUUCUUGGAAUGGUCGUCCAGUUUGUCUGGUCCAAUUUCUCAAACAUGCUAAGCGGAUCUCCUUCUCAAGUGCCCCGAGUUGAGUUGCCUGAUGAGCUGUUUGUGAACAUUGCUGUUGCAAUUGGUGCGCAAAUAAACAAGUUCCUGAGCUUCCUUCAAGAUCUGUCUUGUGAAAGAAACUUGAAGCAUUUUGUAGUGGCGAUUGCUGGACUGUGGGCUGCUGCAGUGAUUGGAAGUUGGUGCAAUUUCCUGACAGUUAUAUAUAUUGGAUUUGUUUGUGCUCACACACUUCCAGUGCUCUACGAGAAGUAUGAAGACCAAGUCGACAAUUUCCUCUACAGCCUUCUUGGUCUGCUGCAAGAUCAGUAUCAGAAGCUCGACCAAGGUGUCUUGAGCAAGAUACCCAAAGGGAACCUGAAGGCUAAGAAGAACGAGUAGUUUAGCAGCUGGAUGUCAAGAAUGAAUGGGCUGGUGAACUAUUGCUGUGCCCUCUUGUGCGUUGCAAGCUUGUAUCAAUUGUUACUUGAACGCUGCGUGUGGCUUUCUGAACAUGGGCGCUAGUUCAUUGCCCACCGCCACCGGGUUUAGACUUCUAAGCUGCAAUGUAUGUCAUCUACUAUUCGUGUUCUGACUCAUUUACAUUCCUUCUCCUAUUACUUGUGGGAUAUUGGCUAAUUGGCAAGUAAUGAAGUGUGCCCAUGAUUCAUUUCUGAAAA